CACGUACCGUGAAUUAGAGCUGGGAAAUUAUCGAUGGAGUGUGUUAAAUCGAUAUUUUCAUCGUUUUUAUCGAACGGAGCCACUGGACUCCCAUCUCUAGACACACUUUUAUCCAAAUCCCACUAUUAUCGAUAAAUACCAGUGUUGCCAGACAACUAAAAGAAAAAUCUAAAUCAAUGGAUCUGGUAGCACUGAAAGAAGCCUCCAAAAAUUAAAAAUUUAAUUAAACAUUAAAUUAUUUCCAUGGAGAACGCUUCGAUUAAAAGAAGAUCGCUUACAUUGAGCACUCGUCUGCUCCAAAAGAGGCAUAGUGCUUCGCCCCAGAGUCGGAACCGACACGGUUGCGCAGUUCAGGAUGUAAACACAGCAACAACAGCAAAAGAGGCAUCAGGCUCUCCCUCAUCUACAAGUUUCGUUGCAGAUCAUGUGGAGUGCACACCGCCGAAUAAGAAAACCCUGAGCCUAGACGAUAGUGUGGACUUCUCUCCUCGAAUGGAUAUCAGCAUGUCGCCCAGUUGCCUAUUCUCACAGACAAUGGUGACCGAGAGUCCCGAUGUUGGCUGGCGCUGGAAUCGUAAUAAUUCCACAACGGACAGUGGCUUCGAUUCCAACGAAUGUAGCCGACUAAAGGAUCGGAGCAGACAGAUGAGUAUUAAGGGAUGUGAGGACAGACGCAAUCAGUUGGACAAUGAACAGUGGCGAGCUCAGCAGAAGAGAAGUCGCAUGCUGCUCAAGGAACGUUGCGACAAGCUACACAAACAACUGGAAGCACCGAAGCAAUUGCCAUCGGAACCGCUGGAGCCGCCAGUGCCACCACUCCAAGAUCCAGCUCUAGCAGAGUUUCUUAAUGAUUCUGAAACGGAUUUCUUUUUAAUGGAGGCUUCAACACAGCUGGAAUCGAAGCUGCAGAGCACACAGAAAACGCCCCCUAAACCUGACAAGGAUAAAGAAAAGGAGAAGGAAAAACGGUCUUCAUUCUAUAUGAAAUUCUUUGAGGAUGAAGACGAAAGUGAGGACUGGCUGGCUGCCAUCGAUGAAGCCAUGCUUGAGGCCAGUCAGCCAAAGAAGCCGCGCACAUCAUUGCAACGGUACAAAUCAAUGCCGACAACAGAGGUGACUGCCAUCACCACAACAUCAGCUACUACAACGAUUGCACCCGCUACGCUCAGCACGUCGGACACGCCGCGUAUGAAGCGGCAUGCCAGCUCGCAUGCCCUAUCUCCGGCCACAUCAUCUCACGCGCGAGGCAAACUUUUUGGCAGCCGGAAAUGAAACCCGAUAUGGUCACUUCCAUAAAAGUUACUCCCACCGAGCAAAUCAUUUCAUCUUCCCCAUCUCUUUCCCGAUUGUGAUGAGCAAAAUGUUAAGUUUUAAGUUUCGUUUUCCUUUCCUUAGUUUAUGUUUUCGUUUCGUUCGCUUCCUUGACAAUUUCUUUGUAUACGAGUUUAUGUUAAUCGAUUUCAUGCAGCAGCUUUUAAGCUACUAUGUAAAUUUAAAUUUAAGUCUAAUUAAAAAUUAAUUGUAAUUUAAAGGUGGCCCACGGCCUCUUCAAAUA